ACAGCGGCCGAUACAGCGGAGUGCAAUCCCAAGAUGGUCGGUUCUACGUUACCGGAUUGACUCGGAGCAAUCACUCCGACCAAGGACCAUCACCACAGCUGCAGCAGCAGCGGAGUACCGGAUCAGAGCUAAUAUAAUUCCACCAUGGUUUAAACGGACAAAAAUGGAAUAAAUCUAGUACAAAACUGCCCAGCUGAUUUGAAGUUAUAACGUGAAUAAAAUUAGUUGGGAAGAAGAAGACCGCGUAAACAAACAGAAAUGCACACAUUCCAACGAAAUUUUAUGAAAGAAUCACGUUCCGUUGUAAAAAGAUGUCUCUAUGAUAUCCAUUGCAAAGAUCUCAACGACGUAGUUAUUGCAUCUGCGGUACGUACGCCUAUCACCGGUUUUACUGGCCUACAUCCAUCACUGUCGGCCCCACAAUUGGGUGCUAUCGCCAUCGAUGCAGCGCUUAAACACUCUGCUGUGCCUCCAGAAGCAGUACAACAGGUAUAUUUUGGCAAUGUCAUGACGGCUGGCACUGGUCAAGCGCCGGCACGUCAAGCCACACUCUUGGCAGGCUUGUCGAAGCGUGUUUGCUGCACAACAGUGAGUGCGUCCAGUGUAACAGGUAUCAAAUCUAUAAUGUUUGCCGCGCAAGCCGUAAAAUUGAGACUCACAGACGCAGCCAUAGCUGGCGGAAUGGAAUGCUUGUCGAACGUGCCGUAUUAUAUGCCACGUACUUAUCUUUACUCGGGAGAUGUAAUAAUGCAGGAUGGGUUGGUGGCUGAUGGUGUAACAGAAAAACCAAAAAAAGGUUUACUUAAAUCGUUUGGAAUAACAAAAGAAGAGUGCAUCAAUUAUACAAAAGAAUCAUAUGUGCGUAUGCGGAGGGCUUACCGCGCUGGUUUAUUCGAUUUAGAGCUGGUGCCAUUGCGUAUAAUGCAGACAUCUAGAUUACCGAUUAUAGUGACCGAAGACGAUAUGCGAACAUUGCCGGAUACACUAGCCGACCAAGAGAAUAAUGAACGGCAUGUUGUAGGCGAUGGAGCCGCAGCGCUAGUAUUAACGACAAAUGAAAUGGCGAGACGGUGGAAUUUGAAACCUUUGGCUAGAAUAUUAGGAUACAAUGAAUCAAAAACAAAUGAUUCAGACUUUUUAGUGGCACCUGCUAUUGCCGUCAAACGCAUGCUAGAAAAUAUCAACUGUACAAAAGAUGAUAUUUCGCUAUGGGAACUGGACGAUUCUUUUGCCGCGGUGCCAUUGGCGGUAAUGAAGGAGUUGGAAUUGAAUCCGGAAAAAGUGAACGCACAUGGAGGCACUAUGUGUCUCGGCCAUCCUAUAGCAAUGUCAGGUGCUCGUUUAGUAACACAUCUGUCCCACGCGCUACAGCCCGGUCAGAUAGGUUGUGCUGCAAUUACGAAUGGAAGCGGCAAUGCAGCUGCAUUAUUAUUACAGAAAAUUUCUUAUAACUGCGAAAACGCCGAACAUAAGUUACCUGUGCUGACGUUAUAUACAAAGGAUGACUGCACUUUGUGCGAAGAACUAGUUAAGGAACUCGAAAUAUAUUUCGAUGGACAAUUUACUUUAGAAAAAAUCGAUAUUACUCAAAAAGAAAACCUCCGAUUCCUUCGUUUGUACCGCAAUGAUAUUCCAGUGCUUUUCCUAAAUGGACAGUUCCUUUGCAUGCACAAACUAAAUGUCAACCUAUUAGGACGCAAAAUGGAGGAGUUGCGGAUGAAAAGAAAAUUUUAAGGCUACAUACAUACAUAUGUAUGUUUGUACGUACGUUGUAAAAUUGACCAAGGCAAAUAAUAAUUUUUGUUUUCAAUAUUUUUA